GUUUCCUUGGGCCGAUUCAGUACUGGUUUGGUACAUGCAACUCAAAAUAUAGCAUCCAAUUAUUACAAAUCUCAUUCCCGCUUUUGUCUUUCUCUUUUUUUUUCAUUCAAUCUGCCAGGAGCCCAAAGACACCAGAAGGAUGGACAGCAAACGCGAAAAGCAAGCCGCGGCCCAAAACGCAGUCGACAUCCUGCACGAAAUCUCCACAAUCCUCAACUGCCACCUCGACCGCCGCACCCUGUCCAUAUGUAUAUCUAUGAUAGAGAAUGGAGUCAGUCCUGAGGCUCUCGCUAGCGUCGUCAAAGAGCUUCGCAAGCAGGGCCAGGAAGCCACCGCUCAAAUCGCUCAGGCCGGGAGUGCUGCUUCCAGUCGGCGGAGGUAGGCGGGCGGUCUGCGAGUGGGGGUGUGCUUGCUUGGUUGUGGCCUGAUUGCUGCUUUCUUUCCCUUUUUUCCCUCCUUUCCCUCCUCUUUUGGGGCUGUCUAUGAGAGUGCAUCCGGACUCUCCAGGGCAAGGGGUAUUCUAUGAUGUGCUUCUUUAUUUUCAUCUUCGCGUGGCGUAAUUGGGAAGGGUUUUCUCUUACUUUUUGUUUUCUUUCAAUUCAUACGGAGAACUAGAUUAGACGUAUAUGCAGUUCUCUGCUCCUGGGAAUGGACACGCGAUCUUCAAUCCAGCCAUUUGUGUCCACGUUUUUUUUCGUAUACGGGAUCUCAACCCAGGUGGAUAAAACCACAUAGGGUAGAAGGCUAUUCUGCAAAGAUACAGAACCAUCGCUGAACCCCAUCACUCUGAGGAAAUCGUACAAUUAAGAUCAAAGCAAAAGAGUCAAAAACACGGCCCCCUAAUCCACAAACCAUAAACUCCUCGCACAUCCCAGUAUUCCAACGAGCGAAUAGAGGAUCUAUCUCUCUCAUCUCUUUACCUACCGGUGACCCAUCAAGACAAUAUCGUCGUCGUCGUCGUCGUCGUCGUCG